AUGGGUAAGACUACCAAGGCGGCCGCCAAGGCCAAGGUGUUGGUGAAGAAGGAACCCGGCACGUCGGCCGCCGAGGACAAGAAAGACUUGUGCAACUUUUUGACCCAGGUGAAGGGCAGCGACCAGCCAGACAAGGUUGCGGUGUACAAGCACUACACAAGCCUCGGCCGCUACGACAAGCAGAAGAAGGAGUUGCUAGCUCUGUGGAAGAACGACAAGUCUUGCAAGUGGUACGGGAGUUGGUCGAAAAGGGUGACUUUCACCGAGAAGGAAGAAGCCGAAGGUCGCACAGGUUUUGGUACCAGGUUCCAAGUUGCCAGCCUGCUGGAGAUGCCGGCAGAUUCGAAAGAGUUCCUGGCGGUGGAGAAGAGCCUUGUGCUCAUGGACGGAAUGGCAGAUGAUCAGUGGGACGAGAAGGAUCCCACCCAAGUGGCUUUUGCCAAGGCCAAGUUGAAGCGGUUCCACUUGGCCAAGAUCGCCGUGACGUUUGGUAAGACCACCACCGACAAGACCUGGAGCGAGUCUGUUGAAGCCAAUCGGCAGACUGGCAAGGCCUCAGGCGAGCAGCUCUCCAGUGUGCUGGAUAUCGUGGGAAGAACAGGAGGAAGCAGUGAGGCUGGAUCCUCCUCGCAGGGGGCCGAGGUUAAGACCCAUGAGGAUCUGAGGUUCGAGAAGUACCAGAACCAGGUUGCUGUCUUGUCUACUUCCAAGAGUAUCUUCUUUGCAUUUAAACUAGGUAUCAUUUUUUUUGCAUAUAUAUAUAUACCAGGUUCUUUUCUAUAUAUCGGUCUCAGGUACCGUGGAGCGGGACCUCGGCAAGCUCGCGGCUGUUGCUGCUCGCCUCCGCCAUCGUUCGGAUCCCGCCCUCGCCAGCAAGGCUGCGGAUAUGAAGACGUACCAUGCCGAGCAGCAGGGUUACCUUGA